GCAGCGCGCGGUCUCUCGGGGCGCGUGCAUGCGUCAGCGGAUCAAACCAUUGAGUUGCAAGGUGUGGGGGAGCAGAGGCCGGGCACAGAGCCGCUGGACGCACACAGGCUGUACGUUUUUGUUUCUGCCUGAACCGAUGAUGACUGACCAGCUGCCACCACAGCAAGGACAACUAUUGCUCAGCAAGGUCCAAGUAGGAGGCGUAACCAAGCAGUCAAAAACCGACAAAGAUAGCCUAAACGCCAGGGGCCAGUGGGAGAGCAAGGCGGAGUUCCUUCUGGCUGUGGCGGGACAGAUCGUCGGCCUUGGCAAUGUGUGGAGGUUCCCCUACUUGUGCUACAAAAACGGAGGAGGUGUCUUCUUUGUACCUUACCUUUUGUUCCUGGUGCUGUGUGGUAUCCCAUUGUUCCUCCUGGAGACCUCACUGGGCCAGUACACAAGCCUGGGAGGGGUCAGUGCCUGGAGAUCAGUGUGCCCAUUAUUUGGAGGCCUGGGCUAUGCCAGUCAGGUGAUGAUCCUGCACGGAUGCGUGUACUACAUCGUCAUUCUGGCCUGGGCCCUCCUUUACCUGUCGUACAGCUUUCAAGCGGAGCUGCCCUGGUCGCACUGUAACAACUCGUGGAACACUGAGGCGUGUUUCCUGUUUGACUAUCACAACCAGACAAGCAAUAUGAGCAGCCUGCCAGAGAAUACCACCUCUCCCGUCAUCGAAUUUUGGGAGAGAGAGGUGCUGCACCUGUCCGACAACUUGGACCAGCUCGGCCCAAUUAGUUGGAAGCUAGCGCUGUGUCUGGCUGUUGUCUGGGUGGUCUGUUACUUCUGUGUGUGGAAGGGUGUCAAAUCCACUGGAAAGGUGGUGUACCUCACAGCCACCUUUCCAUAUGUGAUGCUGUUUGUGCUCCUGGUACGUGGAGCCACCCUUCCUGGCGCAGCACAGGGCAUCAUCUACUACCUCAAACCCAACCACACACGCUUGGCAGACCCAGAGGUAUGGAUGGAUGCAGGUACCCAAAUAUUUUUCUCUUAUGGAAUCUGUUUGGGGAGUCUCACAGCGCUCGGCAGUUACAACAAAUACAACAAUGACUGUUAUAAGGACUCUUUUCUUUUAUGCCUCUUGAACAGCGGCACCAGUUUCUUGGCAGGGUUUGCCAUCUUCUCCGUGCUGGGCUUCAUGGCAGAGGAGCAAGGGGUGGAUAUAGCUACCGUGGCUCAAUCAGGUCCUGGGCUUGCCUUUAUCGCUUUCCCCAGAGCUGUAUCAAUGAUGCCUCUUCCGCAACUCUGGGCCAUUUGCUUUUUCCUCAUGAUCAUCAUGCUGGGCCUGGACACACAAUUUGUGAGUCUGGAGGCGCUGAUGACGUCCGUGACCGACUUGUACCCCCAUCUGAUAAGACGUGGACACCGGCGGGAGCUGCUGCUGCUGUUUGUCUGCUUUCUCUGCUUCCUCGUUGGGCUGGUCAUGGUCACACCGGGUGGUCUGUACGUGUUCCAGAUAUAUGAUCAUUUCUCCUGCAGCAGAGCCAGCUUGCUGCUUCUCUCCAUCUUCCAGUCUAUUGCAAUUGGCUGGGUUUAUGGGGCUGAACGCUUCAGUUCAAACAUCAAGGACAUGACGGGCCACAACCCCGUGUUUGUCUUCAAGCUGUGCUGGAAAUACCUGACACCAGCCGUGUGCACUGCUACCUUCCUGUUCUCCCUGGUGUGUUGGUCUCCGUUGAGGCUCGGGAAAGGCCUUGUUGCUCCGGGUUGGGCCACCGGACUAGGCUGGCUCCUGACCUUCUCCUCCGUGUCUCUGCUCCCCAUCUGGGCCAUCUACGCACUCGCCAUGACGCCCGGCACCAUCACACAGCGCUUUCACCGCCUGUGCAACCCAACCAUAGACUCGCCACAGGCAACCGCCUACCAGCCUGCGCUCUACCUUGCAGAGAAUCCAAAGGAACCGAUCAGCGACAUCGUCCAGGAUAAAAGAUGGUAGAUCCUUCAGCACUGUGUCCAAAGAGCUUGACAGUUGGUUUUGGUUGGAAUUAUUCAAUCAUUACUUUUUUGCAUUCCCAUUGUCACUAAUUAGGGUACCAAAAUAACCAGUACUUGAGACACACUUCUGUCUAUUCAUUUAAGCACAGACAAUCAUUACUUCUGUGGGAAACGACAACAAACAAUCUACGUUUCAACAAAUGUCAUGAAUAAGAUAAGAGCAGGAGUCUCCAAACUACAGCCCAUAUCCGACCCACCAGCUUCCACAAUCUGGCCAUUUGAUGUCCCAAAUUAAAAAACAGAAAUGUAUAUAAAUAUAUGUGCAUGUAUGCACUUCUGCCAUCACCCUCCCCCGCAGAAUUCUUAUUGUUUGACGUGUGUGUGACGAUUUUCUUAGUCUCUUCUGCGAAUGAGAUAAAUAAUAUUAUUUGAUAUUUUACGAUAAUGUGUUAAUAAUUUCACACAUAAGUCGCUGCGGAGUAUAUGUUGCACCCCCAAACUAUGCAAAAAACUGCGACUUAUAGUCCGAAAAAUACGGUACUUUUAUUAGCAUCGAUGCGAGCCACAUGAAACCAUUCUUGCCAACAUCCCGAUUUUCCCGGGAAGACUCCUGAAUUUUAGUGUCCCUCCUGAAAAUCUCCCGGGGUAACCAUUCUCCCGAUUCCCGCCCGGACAUCAAUAUUGGGGGCGACUGCCUUUAGCGUCCUCUACAACCUGCCGGUCAAGUCCGCUUUCCCUCCAUACAAACAGCGUGCCGGCCCAUUCUCAUGAUGAUAUAUACAUCUUUUACACACAUGAGCGAAUGCAAGGCAUACUCGGUCAACGGCCAUACAGGUCACGCUGAGGGUGACCGUAUAAACAAUUUUAACACAAAUAUGCGCCAAACAAGAAGUACAAACACAUUUCGGAAGAACAUCCGCACCGCAACUCAACAUAAACACAACAGAACAAAUACCCAGAAGUCCUUGCAGCACUAACUGUUCUGGGACGCUACAAUAGACACCCCCACUACCACCAAACAACCCCCCCAUCUCCUGAAUUCGGAGGUCUCAAGUUUAGCAAGUAUGUAUGGAACGUGUUGAUUAUUGUAAAAUAGAAUGGAAAAAAUGCAUAUUUGUUCUUGUCUCUCAUAAGAAUUGUGAAUGACAGGCAAAAGUCCCCCCCAAAAAGUGCAGUUCCCCUUUUAAGAUCCAUCCCCCAUGUGUGCAGCUAACACUCCAAGUCCAUGCAAAUGCAAACAAACCUCUCUUUUUAGCUCAGUACCGCGGUUAGCAUUUUUAUCUCUAUGAGAAAUCAGGCUGGCGUCGCUCAGCUCUUUUGGUCCUUUUUUGACACUGAGUGUUUUAUUAGAUUUAUUCCAGGGGUUGGGCUCAAGUUUUACAUGAAGAACAGUCAAUUAAUGAAUGGCAAAGGCGCUUCAGAUUAAUUUUUUUUUCCCGCAAACGUACUCGACUAUCUUUAAAACAAGGUUGCAAAAUAGUUGUAUUUGUAAAUUGGGCCAACGUUGGAUCCACACCUUGUUGGUUGGGAAAUUACCAAAUUUCAACGUCUUAACCCGACAUUGAAUAAACGUCGUCAAACAGCAUGUUGUUUCAACGUUAUAUUCGGGUUGGUAAUAGGGGUGUAACGGUACACAAAAAUUUCGCUUCGGUACGUACCUUGUUUUAAAGGUCAUAGUUCGGUUCAUUUUCAGUACAGUAAGAAAACAAAAUAUUUUUAUUUACCACAUUUGUAAACAAUGGUAUAACAUACUACUCACACAGGGUCCAUUGCCAGGGUUUAUGUGCUCAACAUAUAUUAAAUAAAAACUAAGAUAAGGCUCAGAAUGGUUUCUUAACAAAACCUUUCUACAUAUAAAGUGCUUUUUUUGAUUGAUUGAUUGAUUGAUUGAAACUUUUAUUAGUAGAUUGCACAGUACAGUACAUAUUCCGUACAUUUCACCACUAAAUGGUAACACCCCAAUAAGUUUUUCAACUUGUUUAAGUCGGGGUCCACAGCCUGGCUAACUUGGCAGUAAGAGGAUAUAUGGGCUUAUUGUUUUUCCACCAUAGAAGUGGGUCAAAUUGUAGUUUUCAAUGCAAUACAGAAACGCCCGCGACCCCGUACGGGACAAGCGGUAGUAAAUGGAUGGAUGGAUGGAUGGUCUUAAAUCUGCUGCUAUAAAAACACUUGUAAUUGCUUCAGCCCUGCUUGGAUGCGGUGGUGACGCUUCAAAGGAGUUAGCAUGUUUGACGUGUUGGCAGAAGUAUACAUUACUGGUGCUCAACAAUGUCGGCAAACCUCCGUCCUCCAUUGUUGUAUCGCACCUCGCAGCCAAAGUGUUCCCAAAGGGGAGAUGUUAAUGAGGCAGGAGGGUCUUCCAGCUCUGGCUUUUGCUUGUUGUCCUAGCCCGGUCACUGCUAGCCUGCCGUGUGUUCUGCCUCGCUCUGCGGUGCACUACCUAAAUAUGUCCGUGUGAAAACUCGUUCGGUACACCUCCGAAUUGAACCCAAACCCCCGUACCGAAACGGUUUAAUACAAAUACACGUACAGUUACACCCUUAUUUGCAAAACAUGGGUUGGAAAAUGACCAAAAUUCAAUGGUCGGAUCAACGUCAGAACCCAACAUUGAUUAAACGUUGUCACAAAGCAUGUUGUUUCAACGUUAGGUUUGAGUUGCUCAACUUCAAGACCUAAUUCAAUAAGUUCCCCACCUUGUUUUGAUGUCUUGUGCCUGCUGGGCUCUUGUUCUUGUUAGUGAUAAGAAUGUCAUGGAAAAUGUCGCCGCUGGCUCACCGCUUCAGUGCUGGGCUGGCAGCCGGUCGCUUAUAUGAUGUCAUUUAUAUUUAUGUCAUGUGUCAGGAAGGUAUGUUAAUAAUGUUUGAAAAAUUCCUAGUUUGCACUAAAGCAAAGGAUUUUGCAGCAAUUAAUUUGAAGUCCUAAAUUCAUGUUUGAUUAAAAAAGUAUAAACAUGUUUAAUGUAAAUAAAACAAAGAUGUUUGCAAUGGGGGUCCCCACUAGUUUAGGACCCCAAUUUAGCCCUGGUGCUUUACAUGCCUUAAACCAGGUGUGCCCAAACUUUUUCCACAGAGGGCCGCACAUGGAAAAAUGUAAGGAUUCUGGGGCCAUUUUGAUAUUUUUCAUUUUCAAACCAUAACAAAAUAUAUGGAUUUUUUUUUAUUCCUUAGGGUUCCUGGGGAGCAUAGAGGGUCUCAGUCAGUAAAAUGUUGAAAAUAAGUCAAAUUACAGUAAAUCUCUAUAUCAACUUGAGGUUGAUGUAAAGUAAAAUAAAUAAGGUUUUAUGCCUUUUCUGUCAAAGACAACUUUGUUUUUUAUAGUAAAACUGAAAUAUGCAGUAUUUAGAUAGAUAGAUAGUACUUUAUUGAUUCCUUCAGGAGAGUUCCUUUAUUUAGCAAUUAAAGCCCUCAAAGAUCAAUUGAUUUUAAUUAUUUAAUAUUUUUGAGUAAUCACAGUAAAAAGUUCAAUAAAAUCCUACUAAAUAUAUUUGAGAUCCAAAAGGUUCCCCACUCAUAAAGUGAUGCAUUUUGAUUAGUUAGUUUUUUUUACUAUUAAAACUUAAAUUUCAAGAUCAACUUCCGAUAUAUCUGUCGAUUUUAAGUUUGAACUAUUAUUUUGUUUGUUUUAUGCUCUUUUGUCAGAACGUUGAUGUUUUAUACGGCAACCACACAAUAUAUGCAAUAUUUUUUCCACAUAGAAAAUUUUAAAGUGAUAAUUUUUAAGUAAUAAUUUAUUAUAACAUAGAUUUUUUUGUCCUUUUUUUGGGGGGCAAUGGAAAAAAAAGAGUAUAAAGACAAAAGGAAAAAAAAAACUGCCUGCAUGGCAGUUUUGUGUCAACAUUGCCACUUUUUCUCAUUAGAGUUCCACUUUUUUAAAUGUUUUAUUUUUUAUUUUUGCAAUACUCUCAAUUUUGCAACUUUUGCAGAAUGUGUGGCGGGCCAGUAAACGAUUAGCUGCGGGCCGCAAAUGUCCCUCGGGCCGCACUUUGGACACCCCUGCCUUAAACGGUAAGAAAGAUAUAUUUUUUAAAUCCAAAAUUGUGUUACAGACUCCACACAUGAAGAUAAAACAUGUUUAUGUAACUAAGACUGUCAAAUAUUACAUGAUUUAGUCAGCUCAAUAAUGAUUAAUUACUCACCUGCAUAAUUUACUCAAGGUUAUUUGGAUGCAAAUUGAUUUUUUUUUUGGUCAGUUGUCUUUUUGAAAUGUUUUGCGUGAAUGUAUAUCGUUUAUUUGCUCCCAACUCGCUGACAGCUUCCUCCAAAGUGGCGUCUCAUUUAUAUUUGGAAGUGAAAUUUGCCAGCGAGUAUACGGCGGACACCAGUCCCCAUGAAUGUAUUUACAGUAAGGUGGGGAUUUAUAUGGCCCCUUUCUUGGGUGGAUCUCACGCAAGAGGAGGAUGAGGGGUUAAUGAUUUGAAAUGCAGUCUGCUGAAAAUGAUGGAAAGCGCCACUCGACAUAGCAACUGACGCUGGAAUGGCCACAAAACACAUUUUAAAUACACUAUUUCCUUGAAUUGCCGCCAGGGCGCUAAUUAAUUUAAAACCUCUUCUCACUCCGGCGCUUACCAAAGGCAUGCGGUAAAGGCAAGCAUGCGCUUAUAAAUUUGAGUGUGAUGUAAGGAUACAUCAUGAAAAGCACAUUUAAUAAAAAAACAUAUUAUGGUCUUUCCUUUACUUAUAAAAUGAAAUCCAUCCGCAGCUCCUUCUGAUCAAAAGGAUCGAUAACUUGUUUAUAGAAGUCUUCCUUAUCUUUCUUCAGUUUUAAAAGUCUCUCUGUCUCGAUGGAGAUCUUCCUUUAUUACCUUCUGCUUCAAUUGAAAGUCCAGUUUAAAAAACUGUUUUAUUUUGGAUAUGUAAUCCUCCAUGUUAAAAGUGCAAGCGAGAGGAAACAAUAAACGAUCGCUGCUUGUUGUCACUUCUUCUGCAGCCGAGUAGUCGCAAGAAGGAUCACUAGCGCCCUCUACCACCAGGAGGCGGGAGUCAUUUAAUGACUCAUAUUUGACACACGCAGCUACGGUAUAUUAAUAAAACAUAGCUGCUUACUGUUCUUAUUAGCAUAUUCAAUAGCUUGGACCUUAAAUCCUACUGAAUAGCUCUUAAUCUUCUUCCCUUUAUGCGAUUUCAAAUGAUUGAAAUCAGCCUCCUACAUUUUGAAAAUGAUGACAGGUGAAGUGUCACUCGUGACUUGAAGAGUUUGACCCGGUGGAAAUUCUAGACAUGCGCUAAUAAAAAUAAUAUUUUGCGAAACGAAUUUGACCCGGCGUUAAUCCUGAGCCGGCGGUAAUGCUAAGCAUGCGCUAAUUAUUUUGUGAAACGAGUUUGACCCGGCAGUAAUUCUAGGCAGGCGCAUACUAUAUACCCGGCAACAGUUCAAGGAAAUUCGGUAUUAAACACUCUACUGCCAUCCGGGGGCUAUAUUGGAUAGUACACCCCCAUAACUCGUCACGUUUCAUAUGUCGGGUAAACCGCAACGAAUGGGGCCGUGUUAAAUCCCCUUCCUACUCCAAUCACAGCCGUGGUUGAAUGCUUUAAUUGGGCUUGAAACAUGUUUGUGCGCCCACGAGGUUGCCUACGAGGCAAAAGAAAACAUUUAACACUGGAAAGAAAAUGUACAUCUUCUUUUUUCUCCUCCUCAACUCUGUAUUUCUGUUCUGUAUUUGUCAAGAAUGUUCCCAAUCACCCUGAUCCUAGUUAAAUAUUACUGUUCUCUGAUCGUUUACAUGACGGUGCUGCAAAAUGUGACUUAGAAUCUCAAAAUGUGAAUCUUUGUGAGCAGGCAAUAUUUCAUCAAUCAUUGUGAGUUAAGACUACUGCACCCAACUCUGCAACCCAAGUCAGGGUUUAUUUUUUGUAAAGUCCAUCAAAAUAAUGUAUUCUUCUGGUGUGUUAUAACAUGCUUACUCAUACCUCAAAUUACAUCCGUCAAAAAUUG